GUGGGAUUUUACGAACCGCGAGCAUCUCCUCAUCUCGUCGUCCGUCCCUGAACACGAGAUAACUUGGAGCUCCGCGGUCGCGUUCGAACAACAGCCGAGAAGAAAAUGUGCACGGAAACAGGGCGGGAGAAGCGCUCCUCUUCUUAAUUAUUUCUUUUUAUUUUCGUUAAUCUUUUUUCGUCGUCCCUCACACCUAACAAGUCAUACCGCACGCGUUACACGUACACGCGCGCACGCGCUGCGUGACCAGUGCUUCUUAUUUUGUGAAUUGCGAGUGAGAAACGGGUGCGUGCGAGGGGAGGGUACGGUGCGUUCGUCGUAUAUAUCCCUGUCAGAGUGUGGGAAUUUCGUCAAGUCGAGGCAAGAGCGUUAAGAAGUCGAGUUAAUGAGCGAAGAGGCGAGGAGGAAGUCGAGAAGAAGAAGAAGAAGAAGAAGAAGAGUGAACGUUCUCCUCGGAAGCUCGGCCUGCCCUGGGCAACGACCACACGGCAACGUCAACGGCAACCGGGCAACGAGGGCUAUCGCACGCAGUAUUACCCGUCGUCGCGCAAUCCAACGAUGCCCAUUUUACUUCGGAAACUUGCGUCGCGCACAGCGUCGUAACGUUGAAAACUUUUCACUGCACUUUAUUACUCUCGUCGUCGGCGACGAUUCGCGCGCGCGAUCCCUCGAUUUAUUUUCAUUUUUAUCCCCGUUUUUGCAACGAGGAAAUUCGUACGAUUCCGCUCGUCGAAACUGCUCGAAAAACUGAAGAUACGUUGCGAAUUUGGUCUUUGUUUUUUUUUACUCGCCUCUAAAUUCAGUGUGUGUCGGGAAUCGUGCGAUCGAAUCGGCGAUGAAUUUAAUUCAAAGUUCGUUGGAAAUUUUCGUUGAGACUUUCGAAUUUUUCGACGUUGGGCAGCCGACGAACCGAUGACGAGGAGCCUGACGAGAUAACGCAACGAAAAAAGACUAAAUUCAAAUAAUGAAAAAAAAAUAACUGUGAAAGCGCAGAUACACGAUUAGAAGUUAUCUGGCUGGCGAUGCGGUAUUAACGUUAAAUAAAUUAGUGUAAUCGACGCAACCGUACCGAUAAAAAAAAAAAAAAAAGAAGAGUUCUCUCAAAACACGAAUUCGGAUUGUGUAUCCGUGCAAUGGUCAGAGUACACCGGAUUGCCUUCGACGAUACGUUAUUUUUGUUCCACUUUUGAAUCUCAAAAUAUUAUUCGUUUAUGGUUUUUACUUUUUUCCUUUUUCUCUCCUUUUGUUUCGAUCGCGAUUUAUUAUGUACACAUAUAUAAUGACCCAUUCGUUCUAUACGAUUGUAUAAAAUUUUAAUCAGCUUUUGGCUACAAUUAAAAUACGCGCUCAACUGUUAUUUGGUUCGGUAUAUAAAUUAACGAAUGUGUAUCCGAAUAAAGAAAUAAAUUUAAAAAAACGAAAACUAUAUUAAUUCUCACCACCCCGAACAUCGAUUUUUUUAUUACCGGUGGAUUAUUAAAAUCUGGUGAUUCGCAAGAUGCAUUUUAUUAAAAAAUUUUGCAAAUCGAAAAGUUGUUCGUUCCGUAGGACGGUGGACCUGACGUGAUCGUAAAACACAGGAAUGAAUUGAACGAUUUAACAGUUGGAAGUAAAAAGAACCGAGCAAAAAACGUAAAUUUAUUUUCACGACACAUCGCUAAAGAAUUUCAAUAUAUAUUACACGUAUAUGUAUAUUGUGCGUGUUUUUUUGACGAACAACUGCUGUUUUCUCGUUAAUUAUUAUACGCGUGUGAAUGUGUGUUGUGAACUAUAAGUGAAUAAAUAAUGAUCCACGGUAAACGAUACACGUAUCGUGCAUCUAAAUAAGAUAAAUAAAAUUUACCAAAGUUAUCGUACACGUAUACAUAUAAAUAAAAAGAUAAGAAUAAUACCGAACGAAUUAUUUUCAAUAUAUUUACAAAGGAACCACGCUGCACCGAACAGAAAUGUGCAAAUCAGAGAAGCGAAAGUAUUGUCCGCCGUAUGGGUACCUGGGAUAAAAGUUGGUCCGAGGACGUGGGCGAAACGAUUCGUCGUGGGUCCGAGAACGUCGGUGUCUGCAGCUGCAGCGAUGGUGGCAGGAGCCAAAUCCAGGGACUACUUCAAUCGCUGUUGCUUUUGCGUCGUCAGUUUACCAGAGAAUUGUACGAGUGGCCGAUACAACCUUUGUUUAGGUCAAGGACGAAACUAAAUGAAAAAGAAAGAGUUAAAAUUUCGAAUUCUCAAAUCUUCCCUCUAUUUUCAUUGGUAUAAUUCGCGCGGCGGUCGAGUUUCGUAUGAUUGUGAGUAAAAGCGAAGAGAGAAAAUUCCAAUAAUUUAAUACGUGUAAUAGCGAAGGGGAAAAAGAAUAAUAAUAAUAUUGCCUUAUCUUGAAAGAGAAAGAGAAAAUUGCCGACGAAAGCAAAAUAGUGAUUAUUUUUUAAAGGAAAAUAAUGAGGAUAAAAGAAUGCGCGCUUUGUUUAAGAUUAAAAGAAUCACUAGGUGCGAUAUAUGGUGCUAACGCGAAGACCAGGUGCGAAACCCCGUGAGAAUUAAAUGUUGUAGUUGAAAAUUAGCAAAAAGAAAUACCGAGAGUGAUAUUAAGAGUGCAGCUAUGGCCGAGUGGGGAACGUUCAACGGUCAGACGGAUCUAACGACGUACGGUUCCCCGAAAGAAAAUGGGAUCCAAGCCGAGGCGAAGAAUUUGGAAUCGUUGGCCGGCGCCGAAAGAGAAACUGCGAACGGUCGAGGGGUCGACGGACCCGAGGAGGGUCGGAUCAUGGAGUCGAAAAUCGUCAGGUACAACGGGAAAGUGGAAUCCUCGAAAAAUUGCGACGAGUCCGUUGAAAUUCUGAGCAAAAAUGAGGCGGCGAACGCGGAAAGGUUUUACAGUUUCGACCGCGAAGGAUCGCCGGACUGCGGCGCGGGCGAAAAGGACGAAAUUUUGCCCACGGACGAGAGGAGCAGGUUCGGUGAAUCCGGCAGGAAAAUACGAGGAGAGGCGAGAGCGGAAUUGACGAAGGCUGGGCAGAAUUCAUCGCCGAAACGACCGAACAGCUUUUACAAUAACGAGACCGCGACGAAUCCGAGCCCGAGAAAUUCUCCACCGCCGCUGCAGGGAUCGUCGGACGCGAUUUGUCGCGACAAAAAUCGACUGUUCAUUGAGACGGAGACGCGUUCGCGGCACCGGGAAGGUAGUGCCGAAAAAUUACAAGCGAACGGAAGAUCGCCGAAGGACGACAAGCAGGUUCAUCACGUGCAGUUCAACAAGGAGUCGAAAUCGUCGUCGAGAAAACCGCAUCCCAGCCCAAGUGCUUCCAUAUCGACGUCGAGCUCCGGCAGUUCGGAGGACAAUUCCAGCCUCGCGCAAUUUUCGGAAGCCAGACCUCCCGACGGAGGCUGGGGCUGGGUAGUCGUCGCGGCGUCGUUCGUUGUAAAUUUAAUAGCCGAUGGGAUAACGUUCUCCUUCGGAGUUAUCUACGUAGAGUUCCUAAAUUACUUCGGCGAAGGUAAAUCGAAGACCGCUUGGAUCGGAAGUCUCUUCAUGGCGAUGCCUCUGCUCUCCGGACCCAUAGCCAGUUUUUUGACCGACCGUUACGGAUGCAGAAGAGUAACGAUAGCGGGGAGCGUGCUCGCCACCACCGGUUUCGUCAUAAGUUCCUUCACCAAUUCGAUGGAGUUCCUGAUAUUCACGUUCGGAGUAGUCGCUGGUUUCGGACUGUCCUUGUGUUACGUAGCCGCCAUCGUCAUCGUCGCUUACUACUUCGAUAAAAAACGAUCGUUCGCCACCGGUUUAUCGGUCUGCGGCAGCGGCAUAGGGACCUUCAUAUUCGCCCCCUUGAUCCAGUGGCUUCUGGAGGAAUACGGCUGGCGAGGAACGACUCUGAUCCUCGCGGGGCUCUUCUUCAAUUUAGCGGUAUGCGGAUGCCUGAUGAGAGACCUCGAGUGGACCACGACGAGGGCCAAGGCCAAGACGGCCGAGCGUAGAAAAAAUCGCGAGCGAAAACGCUCCAAGAUACAGAGCUCCAGCGCGGAUUCCUUCUCCAGUUCGGCGAACAUAAAUCCCCAAAAACAGAACGAUCUCAAGAGAAAUUUCACGUCGGCCAGCACCGUGGGCAUCGCGAUAGAGAACGCGAGGGACGACGCUCGGGGUAAGAAAUUUUCGAGCCUCGUGAGCCUCCCGACCUUCGUGAAAAACGGGGAGAAGGUACCGGUGGAGGUUUUGGAACUUUUGAGCACCCACAAGAACGUUUACAACGUCCUGCUCCAGAAUUAUCCGAGCCUCUUGAUAUCCUCGAAGAGUCUCAGCGAUUCGGGAAGGCUGAACGAUCACAUGGACGUCGCCACGUUGCCCGACAUUCAGAACGACGACGCCAGAGUCGACGAUCCGAAGAUCGACAAGCCCGCAGUUGCGAAGGACCAGAGUUCGAAGCCCCCCGGAAAUUCGAAGAAUCCCGAUCAGGGGAGCAACGACGUCACGAACUCGCGACAGCACACCGACGCAGCUUAUCUGUGGUGGCUCAAGAAGACGCAACCCGACUGUCCGUUUCAAAGAGCAACGAUUUUGGACCACCAGAGAAGACUACCCACCGCCUAUUUCAAAGAUCUGCGCGUUCAUCGGCACAGCUUGACGUACAGAGGAGCGAUGUUGAACAUAAACAGAUAUCGUCUCCGAGCUUCCAGUUGUCCCGACAUAUACAGAAACUCGAUGACCACCAUAGCCAAAACGAAGAUGGUAUGGUACGCGGGACUCUGGGAAUUUUGGGACGUGAUCGUCGAUAUGCUCGACUUUUCCUACUUCGGUGAUCCCAGAUUCUUAUUGUUUGCCUUGAGCAAUUUUUUACUCUACACCUGGUACGAUGUCCCCUACGUUUAUCUCACCGACAACGCCAUAGAGGUUGGCUUCACCGAGACCGACGCUUCCUACCUGAUAUCCGUCAUCGGAAUCGUCAAUAUGGGCGGCGAGGUAAUUUUGGGCUGGGCCGGAGAUCGAGUCUGGGUAGACGCUUCGUUGGUUUACGCGGUUUGCAUGGGACUUUGCGGAGCUGUGACGGCUCUAAUACCUCUCGUCGUUCACAACUACUACGGACUUUGCGCGAUAGCGGGUGCUUUCGGGCUGUUCAUUGCCGCAAAUUAUAGCCUAACGAGUAUUAUUCUCGUAGAAUUAAUAACCUUGGAAAGGUUUACCAACGCUUACGGUCUUCUACUUCUCGUUCAGGGCGUAGCGAACCUCGUGGGUCCGCCACUGGCAGGUUGGCUGUACGACAUUACGGGAACCUACGACCUUUCCUUUUACUUGGCCGGAUUUUUCAUCGCUCUGAGUGGUUUCCUUUUAUUUAUUAUGCCCUUGGUCGAGAAGUACCGAGCAUGGAAGAGCGAAAGUUGGACGGAGGAGGCGCCGGAGGUAGCGAAAAAAAAUUUCGAAAAGAUGAACAAUGUUUAGACUUCCGAAUGAUGAUUACCGAUUACAUUUACCGAGAGAAGCUGCAAUUCAUCAUUCGACGAACAAGGGCCUGGAAAAAUUUCCUCCGCGGGAAAUUGUUGGAAAAACCUGAAUCCGGAAAAAGAUUGUCGGGAAAUUCCGAUUGGAUAAUUUGUAUGAAAAUUCAAACGGAAUUGAUGAUAACCGAUUAACAAUAUUAUUAUUAUUAUUAUUAAAAUUAUUAUUAUUAUUAUUAUUAUUAUUUAUGUGUUAUGUAACGAUAUGAAAUUCUAUCAAUAAUAAUAUAUCACCGUGUCUUAAAAGCGUCAGGUGCGUAUAAUCAUCUAGCUUAGUUAUAUUGAAAUAAAACGACAAGAACCGAGGAAAUAAUGAGGAGAAUAUUGGAAACUAAAAGAAAUAAAGAUGAAAAACAAGAAUGAAAAUAACGACGUUAGAUAAAUCGUGGGAUUUUAUUACAUAUAUAUAUAUACUAUAAAUAAUAUAAAUAAUACACCUGAAACCGUGAUGAUCGAAUUUUUUAAUUUUUUAUUUUGCCCUAUAUGGUUUUGUUUCUUCCCCCCCCGACGAAACUAUCGCUUCGUCGCUGACCGGUACUGGUUAUUUAGUCGACCGAAAGAGCGUCAGAGACGAUCGACCACUUGGUCUAGGUAAUUGUCAAUUCGAAAAACUCCCGAUAUUAAUAUAAAUUAACGCGUAAAUGAAUGAGUACGUUAUCGUAGGUAGCUCAUUGUUAUUAGAAUAUUGAAAAAAAACAGCAAGCGAUUUGAGUGCCCGAAAAAAAAAACCAAAAAUAAUACAAUAAAAAAACAUUUCAGCGAUUAACAUAACGAUUUAUAUUAUUAGCACGAGGUUAUAACGAAGUAGGUAUAAUAUCUAGUAGUUGAAAGACUUUUUACCAAUAAAAUUAAUAAAUUCAAUCUCCUA